AUGUCGAUAGGUGCAUCAGCAUCUGAUUCUUGUUCAGAAAUUGGAUGUGAAGAUUUUGAUUAUUAUUACGAUGCUGAUGGAGGAGAUCAUUUUGACCAAAGUCCAGCUCCCGGUUCAAUUCUCUGUGAUCCUGAAUAUGUUGAAUAUUCUUGUUUAGACCAACAACAAGUUGAAGAUUUGUUUGAUAAAAUUGUAAAAGAAUUAAUUGAAUCAAUUCCUCAACAACUAAAUUUGAAACCUGAAUUGGCUAAACUUUUGUUACAUUUAAAUAAAUGGGAUGUUGAACAAGUUAGGAUAUCCUUGAUGAAUGAUAGCAAACAGUUUUUGAUUGAGAAUCACAUUAUCAACGAUCAUUCUAAUCCUCUACAAUUUCGCAAACCAAAAAUUACCAACAAUAAUUAUUUACCCAAAAAUCAAAUUCCUGGCACUUCUUCAAUUGAAUGCACAGUUUGCUUUGAAUUGUCAAAUUCUUCCCCAUUGCUUCAUUUAGACUGUGGACAUGGAUUUUGUAAAUCUUGUUGGCAAAUGCAUAUAGAAACACAAUUACAGAAUGGUUUUCUUUUUAAUUUUAAAGGAUCUAGUUACUAA